AAAUGAUGGUCGAUUUGUAAAACCACCUCGAAUCUAAGAAGAAAAAAAGAAGAUUUUGUUGUUUUGUUAUUUUGUUAAAUAAAAUAAUUUACAUUUUGUGGUUUUACAAAUCGACCAUCAUUUGACGAAGAUCGUCGGCCUUCUCGUGGUGGUAUGGUCACUCGACCAAUCAUUCCAUCAUCAUCAUCAUCAUUAUCAUCAUCCUAUCGUCAACCAUCAACAAUGAUUCCACGUCGUGGUAUUCCAUCAACAUAUACUGGUACACGUGGUAAUAUGAAUCAUCAAAUACGUCGUAAUAUUCCUCCACCACCACGUCUUUAUCCUCGUUCAGAAUAUCCUCCAAGUGCAUCAUCAAAACGUGUAACAUUCCGACAUUCAAAUGAUUUUAAUUCUGGUGAUGAUUUUGAUGAAGACGAAGAAGAUGAUGAUAGUUUAGAAGGUGAUCUUCAUCAACCAAUUCAACGUCGAAAUAAACCACCAAGACGUACAGCUGCUCGAAUAGCUGUACAACGUUUUCGAGCAAAUCAUUUACGUUCAUCAAUUGCUGAUGAUGAUCUUGAUGAUGAUAUUGCACCAACAGUUACUGAAAUGGAUAUGUUAGAAGAUCAAGAACUUGAUGAAGAUGAAGCAAAUAUUCAAACAACAAGUACAAAAACAAUGUCAUCACCAGUUAAAUUACCACCACCACCACCUCCACCACCAACAUUACCAGUUAAACCAACAGGCGGAACAAUAAAAUCUUCUUACAUUGGAAAUAUGUUACCAAGUUUUUAUGAACAAUUACCUGAAUCAAAAAAAAUGCUUUUACAAGAUGCAACUAUUGAUUCAUCAUCAAAUAAUGCAACAGUUCAAACAAUGACAGAUGCAUCAUCUAAAAAUCAAAUUGAAGUUCUAUCACCUGGAAAAAAACAAGCUGGUCUAACAACUGAACAUAUUGAAGGUCCUGGUGGUGAAGAAAUAAUUGAUGAAGAAAAUCGUUUACAAUUUCGUAAUACAACUGUAACUCAACCAUUUAAACGAUCGACUGGUUAUCAAAAUUCCAAACGAUAUUAUGAACAAGAUGACGAUGAUAAUGAUGAUCAACAACAACAAAUGAGAAAACGUAUGCGUCCUAAUGAUGAUGAGUAUUCAUCUAUGAAUAAUAAUAAUCGACAAUUACAAUAUUCAAAACAACAACAACAACAACAACAGCAGCAGCAGCAACAACAACGUUAUAGAAAAUAUGAAGAUGAUGAAGAAUAUGAUAUUAAUCAAGAUACACAACAACAAGAUGAAGAAUUUCAACAAACUAUACGUGUACCUGCACGACGAGGUCGUCCACCAUCGCAACAUCAUCAACAACAACAAUCACAACAACCACAGCAACAGCAACAACAAGAAGAUCCAUCAAAAAAAUAUGCUCGUAUUAUAUCUCAAUAUGAAGAACAACAUGGUUUAAAAUUCGGUGAUAUGCGUGUAUUUGCACCUAAACUUCGUUUACGUAUAUCAAGUGUUAAUGUUAAUUGGAUUAAUUUACCACCUGUACCAAAAUUACCUUAUAAAGUUCAUCAAUCGUGA